UCUCGUUUCUUAAAGACGGGUGGUUCUUCCCCAAAGUUAUAUACACACACACACACAUAAAUAUGUGGAAGGCAUUGAGUGGUCGUAAGUUGUAAAAAUAACAGCUAAAUCACCCUUAAAUCACACAAAAGAAUUUAAAAAAAAUUUUUUUAUUUGCAUCUGUAGAACACAAAUUCGUAAAAGUUUCCAGAAAAUUCCCCAAAAUAAAGUUAUGGGGGUGCCCAUACCAGAAUUUCCGCCCACGAAGGGCGAGAUGAGCAUUAACUACCUAUACUUUUUAUUGUAGGGCUGCUGGAUUGUCACUGACCGAGGGUUAAACAGCAACAGCUUCACCCAGUAUAAACAUCACGUGAUGAAAACAGGAAGAAGCGGGUGUUUAACGAGGGGAGAUAAUCUAAGAGCAACUUCCGGAGGGCGUACAUUUUUGAUUUAGUCAUGUUUCACCGUGACAUUGUCUCGGUUUCUGUUUGUGGGAACCAGAAAAUAAGAAAGGAAAAUCAAGCAUGUUACGACUGCUUGCUGGCCUGCUGGAAGUGUUAAGUAGCUGAUUGAUAUAUUUCUAGCUUUUUUUCACGUACCGAUUGUCUGUUUUUGGGCGAUCAGAAACCAGUUUGUUUAUCUCCGAGGGACGGUUACUUGUUUACGUGUAGGAAAAAAAAAAAAAAAAGAAAGAAAGAAUAAUAAUAAUAAUAAUAACAAUCAGAACCAUGUCGAAAGUUGGCGAAGCCGAGUUUAGUGUGACGACGUUUUUUGCCUCUUGUCAUCCGAACGACAAAUGCGGUGCGAACGGUCUGCCCUUAACACCCAACUCCAUCAAGAUUCUCGGCAAAUUCCAGUAUUUGACUACGCUGGGACAUCCCAGCCUCUGCAAGUACAUACAUGUGUCUCGCGGCAAACACGAACGGCUGAUUGUUGUCGCCGAACACUACAAAAACAACUUGGCUCAGCGAAUGAAAGAACGAUUACCGACGAACGAAGCAGACUUGCUGAAAAUGGCGUUUGACAUCAUCGAAGGGCUGGACUAUCUGAGUAAGAAAAACAUUAUUGUUAAAAACCUGUGUCCCGAUACUAUUCUAUUCGAUAAUGAAGGCAAUGUGAAAAUUUCAAAGUACGGUAUGAACUAUAUGACCGAAUGGGGACAGAACGUUGCCUACCCACUCGGCCUGGUCCGCUAUAUGGCACCCGAAGUCAUCUGUUGCGGCCCCGUAGUGGUCGAUGAAUUCAGUAACGCUGUCGUGCAGCUUAAUUUAGGACCGAAAGUCGAUAUUUGGUCCCUGGGUCUUGUCCUGCUGGAGGCAUUUGUUGGUCGUCAACUAUGGGCGACAGCGACUUUACAGCAGACCAUCAGUAAAGUUUUGGCUUUCGUCAAUUCUGAAUACGAGCCCAUGGAUAUAAUCCUGAAAGACAACAAAUUGGAAGAUGUUGUGAAGACACUCUCUCCCGAGACAGUCGACAUGUUAAAAAAAUGCCUGACCGCGAGCCCCACCAAUCGCUUGUCCUCUUCGGAAUUGCUUCAGCAUAAAGCUUUUGCAUCGAAAAUACCCCGGGAAGUUCCUUACCUGAAUGGUAUUCAGUUUUUUUCCAGUAAAAUCGACUUGAAGCAUUUGGAGCUCCCCACCGAGGGUCAGAUCGCAUUGAUGAAAAAAGUCGACAACCUCUCUCAACGGACGAUGGAAGAAGUGUAUUACCUGUGGAGACUGGCUGGGGGUGACCUUGAGUCUGUUCUUAAGCGGGCUGGCUUGAUCAAAUCAAGACCGCCGGUUACUCUUUUACCUUGCUUUAUUUUGAACACUGGCGAAUGGUUUGGUCAAAAGCGCGACCAGUCUGAACUUUUGGACAACACCAUGAUAGCGUUGUCACAGGAACAGCUUAGAAAUAGACUGAAGGAUAUUGGUGAUGCGUUCUACUACCCCUUAUUAGAAGAUGAGAAAGAGAUGCUCAGAGGUCUACCGACGUCUCCCAGCAGUGGUGACCUCUCUCAGGCAGCUACGUUACCCCUUAUCAUUCGAGAAAAAGACGUUGAGUACCAGUUUCACCGUAUUAUUCUGUACGAACGCUUGCUGUUGGGCUAUCCAUUCAAAAAAGCCCACAUCUGGAGAGAAGCCAGGGUCGACACGCCACCUUUGUACCGAGCUCAGGUGUGGGCGGCACUGCUUGAGGUUGAAGGCGACAUCCAAGUUCGUUACGAUUCCAUUGAUAAAGAAACCCCUACACCAACUGACCGACAAAUUGAAGUAGAUAUACCACGUUGUCAUCAGUAUCACGAGUUACUGUCAUCACCUGAAGCUCACAAAAAAUUCAAGCGAAUUUUAAAAGCCUGGAUCAUCAGCCAUUCCGAGUACGUCUAUUGGCAAGGACUUGAUUCCUUGUGUGCUCCAUUCUUGGCUCUGAAUUUCAAUAACGAAGCUCUGGCUUUUGCAUGCCUGGAUGCUUUUAUACCAAAAUACCUGAAUAAAUUUUUCCUGAAGGAUAACUCACCUGUCAUCCAGGAAUAUCUAGCUGUAUUCUCCCAUUUGGUUGCCUAUCAUGAUCCCGAAUUAAGUAACCAUCUUGAUGCUAUUGGCUUUAUCCCGGAUCUGUAUGCGAUUCCUUGGUUCUUGACAAUGUAUGCCCAUGUAUUUCCUCUGCACAAAAUUGUUCAUCUCUGGGACACGUUGUUGCUUGGCAACUCGUCUUUUCCGUUGUGUAUUGGUGUUGCUAUCUUACACCAGCUCCGUGAUAGACUUCUGGCAUAUGGCUUUAACGAUUGCAUCCUCCUCUUCUCCGACAUGCCAGAAAUUGAUAUUGAAAAAUGCGUCCAAGAUUCCAUCAAAAUUUUCUGCAGCACACCAAAAAGUGCAACGUUCCGUCAGCAUGCACACGUGUCCAAAAAGUCCGUGUGGCCACACUCUCGGACAAGCACCUCCUAUUACACCAAAGAUUACAACAACCAGCAGACCAAUGAACUCUCAAAAGACAACAUUCCAAUCGAAGAACUGAAACUCGAGAAGUGUCCAAGAAUAUCAGCUGAAGACUUGAUAGACCUCGGGGAACUGAGAACGGCUUCAGUUUCGAGGAGUCCAACUGCAAAACCCAAACUACUGAUUAUCGACAUAAGAUCCGCAGAAGACUUCAAGCGGGGCACCGUACCAGGGAGCAUUAAUAUUCCUUUCCACAAUGCUUUCAAUGCCGACGGAACCCUCAUGUCGACCCAAAUGGCACAGAUCCUCACCAAUCAUCGACUGCAGGUCAAAGUGGUAAUCGGCACCCUUACAAAGACAAUGUCGGAGUUUGCCAAUUCCCUCGUUGCUCUCGGCUGCCCGCGUGUUUCUACGUUGCAUCAUGGAAUUGAUGUGCUAAAACCUACCGGGCUGUUAACAGUGCCACCUGCAGAUAUUUAAAAAAAUCACCAACGCUAUGAUGGGGGUAUGACAGAAUCGGUAGAUCAUUGUACAGAAUAACUCCUCUAGUAUUUAAAUCCAAACUCUUACAAUCGGAGUUCUAAACCCAUAGAGGUUUAACUUUUCCUUUCAUCCCUUUAGAGGGUCGAUAAAGUAAAGUGACAAAAGAUUGGGACAGAUUUCUACAUCCUGGAUAUGAAUACAAGACAAACAUUAUUUAUAUUCUUUCGUUAUUGUUGUUGUUUCCAGAUGUUUUGAUAUUUUGAAAAAUCUAAUGAAAAUUUGGAAUUUUA